AGAAGAAGCAGACGGUGCAUGGUUGCACGUUGAACGGCGUACAAGUGUACAAACCAGUGAGCCGUCGCUGCUUGCUCCACCCGACGAUACGCCAAUACAUGCCUGGAGCCCUUUAUCUUUAUCCUUGUCUCCGUUCCUCAUCUCCGUUCCUUCAUCUCAUCGACAUUUCUUUCCUCAUUCCUUCCUAACCCCCACCUAAGAAACCAAAAAAAAAAAAACAUCUCCUUAAAUGACUAUUUCUAUCAAGCAAGAGCCUACGAACGUUAAGGUCAAAGUUUCUGGGUCUCAAGUGCCUGCGGAUGUUGCCUACAAGCCAGUGAAGCGGACGGUUGCCCAUCCGCACCCGUACCUCCGUGGCAACUUUUAUCCGGUCUUUGAGGAAACCAUCGGAGACGAUGGUAUCGAAUGUGAAGUCGUGGGAGUGAUCCCUGAGUCUCUGCGUGGCUCACAGUACAUCCGAACUGGACCCAACUCAGUCCGCAUCCCUGAGGACACAGAUGUCCAUCAUUUCUUUGAUGGCGAUGGAAUGCUUCACGGCGUGUAUUUUGAUCCAGGUACUGAGAUUGAGGAAGCAAACAAGAUGCCUAUCCAAGCCAGGUACAUGAACCGCUACGUCCGCACCGAUGUCUUCCGCAAGACCAACAAACACGGGCACAUCAUGUUCUCACUUGGCCUGGUCAUGAACAGUGGCCAGGCGACGUUCAAAAUCCUCAAAGAAAUGAUUUGGAUGUCCAUUAAGGGCGCCAUAUACGGAUUGACCAACAUCGCGAACGGAAACACUGCACUUACGUUCAUUAACAACCGGCUGCUGGCAUUGAACGAGGCCGGCACGCCUUUCGAGACCAAAGUGCCGAGCUUGGAUACCGUCGGCGACUAUUAUUUCGAGGAUGAUGGACAUAAGAGACGCAAGGUGUGGGUUCCCAACACCGAGGCCUGCACCGCUCACCCUAAGAUCGAUCCAAAGACUGGCGAGACCAUAUUCUUCUCCUGGCACAUCCCCAAACCAUUUGUGAAAUAUUCUGUAAUCUCUGCAGACGGCAAGCGGAGCGUCUGGGAGGAAACCAUUCCCGGUUUCACCAAACCAUGCAUGAUGCACGACUUUGCCAUUACAUCCACAUAUUCCAUUAUGCUCAAGCUGCCAGUCUUCUCUGACCCAGUCAAGAACAUCAAGCAAAAAAAGGCUAUUGUUUCUUUCGACGAGAGUGUCCCGGCCUACUUUGGUAUUAUUCCAAGACACUUUAACUGCGAAACAGACAGGGUGCUUUGGUUUGAGGCACGAGGCUGCAUGAUCUUUCACACAGCCAACGCUUGGGAUGAAAAGGAUGCAGAUGGGAACGUUGUUGCAGUCUGUAUGACUGCCUGCCGCGCUGAACGACUCCCCACUGUACUCGCUCCUUCACAGCCUACAGGAGCAGACGAUGAACACAAAAAGGCGUAUGUUACGCCGGGUAAUGGAGAUUAUGAGCACCAGAAUCCCGACGCCACCUACUUGACCUUGUUCCGAUUCGAUUUUAAGACCAUGAAUACUCAAAUCACAACACUAGCGACAAUGGCGUCCGAGUUUCCUAUCAUCAACGCUGACUGGUCUACUCGUCCUGAUCUGAGAUACGUUUAUUCAAGCACGGUUGGAGCAGAGAAGCCGGGCGAGGCGAUGAAAUUCGAUGGAAUCGUAAAAACCGACCUAAAGGCGUUAAUCUCGAGGCAGAAGGAGCUAUUGGAUCAAGGUCUCCUCAAGAAUAUGGGUGGGGAUGGCCAGUGGGAGCUCGGUGCAGAGGAACUGCGAAAAGUCGAACUAAAGUCUACCAAGGUGUACAAAUUCGGAGGCGCAUAUUACGGAAAUGAGGUUUCAUUUGUCCCUAAUCUCCCUAGAGCUCAUGGUCAAGAGCUGGACGAGGAUGACGGACACGUACUGGUCUAUGUGUAUGAUGAGAGUCAGCUCAAGGACGAUCUGAUGGUGGAUAGCGAUAAUCAAGUGACGGAGCUGUGGAUAUUUGAUGCCAAGAAGCUGGAGCAAGGACCAGUCACCACGAUCAAGAUUCCAAGGCGUAUUCCAUAUGGAUUCCAUGGUCUGCACAUUACGCGGAAGCAGAUCGCUACCAGCAAGGAGUACUUGGCGCAGCGCGGCAUUGGCGCGUAAAAUCUGCGCACAGAUCAAGUUGCGGAUGUUCCAAUUGGCGUUGCCACCAAUUUGUGUCAAAAGCAGUCGUACAAAUAAACAAG